UCCACCCCUCAACAACACCCGACGCAACAACUUUCCAUGAAAAACUUAACCUUAUCGUUAUAAAACAACAAAAAAACCUCCAGAAAUGGACACAAGUGCCAUGUCCACGUCUGGACUGCUGGAAUGGGAGUUUUCAUUGCCAUCCGAUCAAAUUAUAUCCCAUGGCUGGUAUCACGGAGCUCUAAGUCGCACUUCUGCUGAAAACCUUCUGCAGCAAGAUAGAGAAUUUCUGGUUCGGGAUUCAUCCUCCCAACCUGACAACUACGUCCUUAGUUGUCGGUCUAAUGGGCAACAUCUCCAUUUCGUGAUACAGCGGAUCGUAGUCCAUCCUGAAACAGUAUACGAAAGAUACCAGUAUCAAUUCGAAGAUGAAGCUUAUGAUACCGUAGCAGAUCUCAUUACAUCAUACGUUGGAUCAGGGAAGCCCAUAUCAGCAGCAUCAGGGGCCCGGAUUCAAUACCCGGCAAACCGUGUUGUGCCUCUGACGAAUUACAUUCCGAGUGAUGAUGUCAGCUCCGCUAUGUCACCUGUAGGCGACGCCGCAAAUUACGGCAACCCUUACAGUCUCUACAGCCAUUUUGCAGCCAAACCAGGGUUAUUACAGCUAAGAGUGCCUUUUAAAAAGCAACGAUCACAUUCACUCACUCCAAUCGAUAUGGGCCAACAUGUUAACCACGGAAAAAGCGCCAGCGCCGACGGGGUAAUUCAAAGUCAAACGAACAAGCACAACAAAAACUUUUCCAGCGAAUCUAAUUCCAGUUCCAGCACAUGGGAUGCUAACUUGCCGACUAGCCCUCCAGCCAAGCCGGCGAGGUACGACGGACCAAAAGCCGAUGAGAGGCGUUUAGAACUCCAGCGUUUGUACCAUGUUUCUGGAUCAGACUCUGGCAAUGGUUCGGGGGAUUCCACUCAGAGCUCAGCCCACAGCGACCCUAACAAACGAAUCGAGUCGGACUACAAUUUGGUGACACCCACCAUAAAGCAGCAAUUUGAUUACGACCUAACGGAAGCGAGGCUGUUGCAAGCAGAAAACUUGGACUAUGUCGUUGAAUCCAGAAUAAAUCUGGAGAAUUUCCAGUCACAAAUAAUUCCCACUGGUUUGACGAAGCCUCUGGAGUCUGAAACGCUGCAUACCAUAAAGUUGCUCCUCAGGACAUCAGGCCCGCGGAUAUUGGCGAAUCAUAUGACGAAGGUUGAUUUGCAUUUUCUUUUGGAUGAUGCAAUUCAGAUCGAGGGAUUGGACAAAACUGCAUCAGGUUUAGAGUUGUGCUUCUUACCCCAAGGCAGACCUUUGCGAAUGGACGUUAUUGAAAGAGUGGAAACUUAUCGUCUGCUGAUUGCCGUGACUAUCCUGACUUGCCAGACGGACAGACAGAGAGCUGACACAAUCAAUGAUUGGAUACUGCUGGCAGUUGAAACCAAAACCGCUCUUGGGAAUCUGUAUGGCUUCUCAGCCAUUAUGUUCGGAUUAUGUAUGCCACAGGUGGAGUGCCUCGAGAAUGCAUGGAACAUACUUCGGCGCGUGUAUACUGACAAUGCCUUCAUGUUCGAGGCGAAGCUACGCCCUUGCUUCAAAAGCAUGAAUGAGGGAACUAACCCCUUACCUCCUAAUACCACCACACCUUACGUCUUGCCUCCUAUACUGUGCUUCCAUUUAUUUGACGGUGAAGGCGGAGGUCUGAUGCCGCCAGACGACACCUUCCCUAGCAGUCUGAUGAACACCCUGGACUUCGACUUCAACGCGACGGCUGCCCACCUCGAGACCGCGCGCCAAUUCCCGAACCAAGUUGACACCUUUAAGAGAAACGCCAGAACUGUUGUCCAGGAGAUGUCUUCUCUCGGUCCGACCCUCGACCCCACUUUACUGGAACUAUUCAGAACAGAAUUCCACAUCAACUUCCUCUGGGGAGAGAGGGGAGCCUUAACCACCCCCUACCAGAGAUUCGCGAGGCUAACCGACAUCCUCACUGCAAUGGCGAAUAAGCUGGCUUCUCAACCAGCAGAUGUUGACGAUGUUGUUUAAUGUUUCAUUUGUGACUGAAUUGUUAGUUCAUAAAAUAGACUCAUUAGUGUUCAUGUUUUAUAACGGAUAAAAUUUUGCAUUGCGAUUUAUUAUUUAUGCUCGCUGUCCAUCGAAGCUGUGUGCAAGUUAUGCUAAAAGUAAUUAAUUAGAAAUAUUGAUAUUGAUUUAUACUUAGUUAUUUUAUAAAUAUGUAUUACAAAAAGCUUCUACAUAUUAAGAGCAGGUUUACCUAAAGAAACAUAUUCUGAUGAUAAAUAAUAACAUCCUGAAUCUUUAGCGCCAAGCGAAAUUUUAACAUUAUGUUAACUGUUUUCUUAGACACUUCUCCAUUCAUUCAACACAUUAGCUGGUGGACAGCGAGUUCGCAGUGUUGAUAUUUUUUACUGAAUUUUAAAUCUUCCUUUUUAGGCUGUUAAAACAAAUUUAACUAUAGUACAUUGGGUCAGGUAGAACGUAACAAUUUGUAAAUAAAUAUGCAUUUAUAACUUAUUUAUAUUAUGAUCAUAUCAUAGAAUGGAAUUAUCCAUUGAGGAUUUGAGGCUCAGCGGCUCUGCAGAUAAUAUGAUUGAUAUGAAUAAUCUAUUGUAACUAAUUAAAGGUGUAGACAACUGUUUAUAUUUAUAGACUACAAAAAUAAAUGUAUUUUACGAAUGUGUUUGAUUUUGGUAGCAGGCAGACAAAAUUAUUUAAAGGUAUAAAGCUUGCUACUAGACUAGUAACCAAUGGAUUUAAUACUUAAAACCGAAACCGACACACCUGAUAUAAUAAUAAAAUAUUAUAAUGAUCCUGGCUAUGAAAGAUUUGCCAUACCUACUGGUUGAAUAAAAAAUACAGCAUGUUCUGAAAAAGAAAGACGGUCAAGUAUUGCGCAGCAAAAAGCAGUAUUGCGCAGCAAAAAGCAAUUAAUGAAAAUAUGGCUGAAUUAUAAAGAAAACUUAAGGAUUUCGUGAACAUAGAUCGUAAUUUGUCAAAGUUCUGGUAAUUAGUAAUUUGUUAUUACACAAAUUUCUUUCUCGGUCGUUUAGAUCUGCAGGAGCGACCUUUUUGGCGCUAUUGUUAUAUUUGUCACCUUAUAUGCCGUAGCCAUUUGGUUAAAUUAGACUAGGGAUGAUGUUAUGGAUAUGUAAUUGAGGUUAUGGAUACGGUUAGGUACUGAUAUUUUUUAUUUCCUGAAUUAGACAAUAUACUUAGCGGAAUUGCAAAGGAAUAAUAAAUUUAUGGUUAUUAUACACAAGUAUUUAGUAGUUUUAGUAGGCAAAAACAGAAAGGAGGCAAAUACGGAACAUACUGGGUACCAUUUUUUUUCUGUGCGGUUUCCCGAUUCGGUUCGGAUGGCACGUUUCAGUGUCAUCACUUUUUUUGCGUGUGGCGUUAGGCACGGAUAUGUGUAGGAAUUUUAAAAUCGAUGGUAACUCCUUCAAUUCAGGUUCAGGAAAAUUUUACCCAGAACCAAACUAACUUAAUUUUUCACGUAUAUUAUAUACGUAGCCUUCGUUUCUAGGUAUUGUAAGAUUGAAAAAAAAAUAGAGGUGACCAACCUUUUUUGAAAGUUGCGUUAAUUGAUAUUAAACAAUAAAUAACAUUAUGCUAAGACUGCCAUUAUACAUAAUUAUGGUUAUCCAUAACAAAAGGCAAAAAGUCAUUUUUUACUAACAAAAAUAGUUUUCACAUAUUUGAUGAAUAUCUAUUCGUUUCGUUUCGUUUCGUUUCAGCCAAAUGACGUCCACUGCUAUCUAUUAUCUAUAAUAAAAUAAUUAUGACAGUUUUACUACAUUCGUAUAGUAAAAAAUUGUUAUGAGGAAAAUCAAAACAACGUUUUUAGACCUAUAAUACCUCGUAAUCAACCAAAUCGUUAGGAAAUGCAAAAUAAGUUGAAAAGGUUUAGCACAACUGUAUUAGAAAAGUCACUUAACCUCCAUUUCCAGAAAAUACACUUAUUUUGCCACUUCUAAUAACAUAAAAACUCGGCAUGCCGGGCCGUUCACGUUCGAUUUCGAAUGCAAACUAUAAGUAUCAAUUGAACGUGUAAAAAAUGGUCAAAGUACUACUGUUUUCUUUUCCACAUGGCUGAAGACACAGAUAUGCGUGUCAUCUAAUCGUAUGGCGUUGGGCACUGAACAGUGUCACGUCGUUUUUGUUUAACGCCACAGUUAGAAGUGAAGUCUUAACUAUUUAUCCAUUGGCGACAGUUAUAAGUAAAAUUUUCUUUUAAUGUUCACAUUUAUCAAGCCGUUUAA